AUGCGUGGCGUUGUGUAUCAUGGCGUCCCACACCAAAUGGUUGUUGAAGACAUACCGGUCCCGACUCUCCAGAAUGCCAACGACGCCAUUGUUCGCAUCACGACUUCGGCGCUGUGCGGUUCUGAUCUGCACACCUAUCACGGCAUCGCCGGUGCUGGAACACCGCCUUGGACAAUGGGACAUGAAGCGAUGGGAUACAUCACGGAGAUUGGGGAAGGAGUUUCUUCGCUGUCCGUUGGUGACUAUGUGGUCAUUGCGGAUACGCCGCAUCGGGGCCAUCUGGCUUUGGAGCCGCCCUCUUUCUCGUUCUUUGGUGGCGGCGGUGGUGGCCUGGGAGGCUUGCAAAUCUUUCUAGCCGAGUACGCCCGCGUUCCUUUUGCCGACCACAGCCUCAUCCCCGUACCCCUGACCUCUGAAACUACAAACCGUACAGUCGAGCAGGAUUACCUUACCAUAUCCGACAUCUUUGCCACGGCUUGGAUGGCCCUCGAUUGGUCCGGUUUCGAGUCCGGUGACACAAUCGCUGUAUUCGGCGCCGGACCCGUGGGACUCCUUGUGGCAUACUCAGCUUUCCUUCGCGGCGCCAGCAAAGUUUACGUUGUUGACAACGUCGCACAGCGUCUUGAAGUUGCCGCUUCCAUCGGGGCGGUGCCUAUCAACUUCGCGAAUUCAGACCCGGUGGCGCAGAUACUGGAGUACGAGCCCAAUGGUGUGCUUCGCGCCAUCGAUGCAGUUGGUAAUGAAGCUGUGAAUGCGCGGGGAGAGAGUGACCCUGAGAUUGUGGUGCGGCAGGCUGUCCAGGUUGCACACAUUGGCGGUGGUAUCGGCCAGGUGGGCGUGUGGCGAGCCGUAGCGGAUGCUCCUGGGUCGCCUCUGGGCAGUACUCUGUCCCCUAACAUGAGCUUCCCGCUGUCCGAUUUCUUUUCCAAGAGGCUGCGGAUGCAGGGCGGACCUGUCGACGUCAAACUCGUCGCUUCGGAACUGGUCAAUCUCAUUGCCAGCGGCAAGGCGAAGCCUGGGUUCAUCAAGACAGCGGAGAUCGGGAUCGAACAGGCUGCUGAGUAUUAUGAAAGAUUUGAUCGCAAGGAGGAGAUCAAGGUGUAUAUACAUUUUGACUAG